GCCAGAUCCCGCCAAGAUGCACACCGCGAGAUCGCGUGCGGGCCUCGCCCCCCAAAGAAGCAACAGCAACAGCAGCAGCAGCAGCAGUCGUCGCUGCCUCCAACUCCUACUCCUAGCCGUUCUGCUCCAUCAUGAGCCAGCGUCCGCCAUGUCGCUGGACCGCCUAGCCUUGGAGCGCAACGAGCUGCCAGUGGAUCAAUCCCCAUCCCCAUCGCCCAACCAGCCGGAUGUCCUUGUGGACGACAUGAAGCUGACCUCGAUCCCCUCGGCGGACUCUGCAGCCGAUAUGUACAUGCUGGUUCCGGAAACAGUGGCCAGCCAGCUGGAGGACACCGAGCACGUGCACCGCAACUCCAUUGAAUCUGACUCGGGCUCCGAAGAUCCGGCGAGCGCCGCCUCCGACAUGCUAAUGCUGGAGAGUGACUCCAGUCCAGCUAUGCAGCUGGUGGAGCUGCCAAGCGAUAUAACAGUGGCGGAGCAGGAGCAGGAGCAGGAUCAGGAUCACCAACAGCAAUUGCAGCCGGAAUCCAUUGAGGAGCAUGUGGUGCUGAUGAAGCCCAGCAGCCAGGAGGCCCAGCUGGAGCAGGCAGUGGACACUGUCACCGAAGAAGCAGCAGCACAAGUUGAAGAUCAGCCGGAAGCUGAGGAGCAGGAGCAGGAGCUGGCAGCCACUGAGGCCACGGCAGAGGAGCAGACCAUGGAUGACCAGGUGCCAGAGGAGACGGAAGUGCAGGCAGCCGCUGAAGUAACUCCAGCUGAGGAAUCCCAGCCAGAACCUGAGCAGGAGGAAAAGCAGCAGGAGGUUGUGUCCCAGCCAGAGGAGGAGGCAGAAUCCCAGCCAGAAGCCGCAGAAGCUGAGGCUAAGCCAGCAGAGGAAACUCAGCCAGAAACUGAAUCCCAGCCAGAAAUUCAAGCUCAACCUGAAGCUGAAUCCCAGCCAGAAGAUGAAACUCAAGCUGAAGCCCAGUCCCAGCCAGAAAUUCCAGCCGAAGUCCCAGCGGAUCAGGAGAAGGAAACCGAAACUGAGCCGGAGAAGAUCAGCGACAACGAAGUGGAUACCACAGAGGCUUCCCUGAUCGAAACCCUGGCCGAGAAUAUCGAAGAAGGCCUCACCGCCGCCAUGGACAACCUGGUGCCCGACGAACUGGCCGAGGCCACCGAAAAUAAAGAGGAGGAACAGGAAAAGGAGAAGGAAACUGUUUCCGAACAAGAGGAACUAACUCCGGUCACCGAAGUCGCCGAGGAGCAAGCAGCUCCCGAAGUUGCCCCCGAAGAGGAUAAGAAACCAGAGCUUAUUUUGGCCGAUGAACCCGAGCAGGAGGCUGAGCCCGCUGAGGAAAUCCAGCCAGAUAUGGUUCCAGCUGAAGUAGCCGAAGCUAAGCCUCAGGAGGAAUCCAAGCCACAAGAGGAAGAGUCCAAGAUUGAGGAGGAUAUUAAGGCAGAGGAAGCCAAGCCUGAGGAGGAAGCCAAGCCAGAGGAUGAGGCCCAGCCUGAAGAGGAAGCCAAGCCAGAGGAGGAAGCCAAGCCAGAGGAGGAGGCCAAGCCUGAGGAGGAAGCCAAGCCAGAGGAGGAGGCCAAGCCCGAGGAGGAAGCCAAGCCAGAGGAGGAGGCCAAGCCUGAAGAGGAGGCCAAGCCUGAGGAGGAAGCCAAGCCAGAGGAGGAAUCGCAGAACGAUGCCGAGAUUCAGCCGGAAAUUAAUGAGAUAAAACCUGAAGAGCCCCAAGAGGCGAUUCCUGCUGAAAUCCCAUCGGAAAUCCUCGCUGAAAUCCCCGCUGAAAUCGCAGCUGAAAUCCCCGCUGAAAUCCCAGCUGGAAUCCCAGUUGAAACUCCAGCUGAAGCUCCAGUCAAGCUCCAAGAUGAUAUCCAAACCGAAGCCGAAGCGGAGAAGGAACCCCAAGCCAUCGCUGAGCAACCCAAGCAGCCAGAGCAGCCUUCCCUGCUGACCACCAUUAUACCCAUGGUGCUGCCCCAGCCCCAGAUCCCAUCGCAGCCGCUCCAUGUCCAGGAUAGUGUGCUUAACUAUGUGAACGCCUCGUUCCUCACCCAACAGCCAGCUGAGGCGGAGCUGCCCAAAACCGAGGAGGAGUCUCCGUUCAAUGCGCAUCUGCGACGCUACGAUGGCGCCCAGGUGUGGCGCAUUGUGGUGCAAACCGAUAAGGACAAGCGUUUGGCCGAUGAACUCCAGUCCAAAUAUGACGGUCAGCUCUGGAAGGAAGUGAAGCAGGAGGUGGACUAUCUACUGAAGCCCCAAGUCUUGGCCGCUGCCGAGCGUCAUAUUCGUGCGGCUAAUCUCUCCCGGAUUGUGCUCAUCGAUAACCUGCAGCAUGUUAUUGAAGUGGAGAAUCCGCCAGCGGAAAAGAUAGCCGAGUUGCAGAACCGCAAGGGACACCGUCUCACCUGGCAGGCCUAUCAUCGUCUGGAGGACAUCCAUGGCUUCAUCGACUACAUGGCCAAAACCUAUCCGGACAUCUGUUCAACGGAGGUCAUUGGCUACUCCGUCGAGAAGCGCCCCCUGAAGAUACUCAAGAUCUCCAAUGGCAAUGCCCGUAAUCCUGGCGUUUGGAUCGAUGGCGGCAUGCAUGCCCGUGAAUGGAUUAGUCCCGCCACGGUCACCUUUAUCGCCAACCAACUGGUCGAGGGCUGGGAGGAUCUGCCCGAGCAUAUGCGCAGCAUCAACUGGUACAUCCAUCCGGUGGCCAAUCCCGAUGGCUAUGAGUAUUCCCACACCACCGAUCGCCUCUGGCGCAAGAAUAUGCGCGCCCAUGGACGACAGUGCCCGGGAGUGGAUCUGAAUCGUAACUUUGGCUACAAGUGGGGCGGCAAGGGCACCUCGGCCAGUCCCUGCUCGCAGACGUACCGCGGCAGCAAGGCCUUCUCCGAGCCGGAGACCUUCUACAUUUCCAAGUUCAUUAGCGGUUUCCCGCGCGAGACCUUCCAGGCGUAUCUCUCUUUCCACAGCUAUGGCCAGUACAUCCUGUAUCCUUGGGGCUAUGACUAUCAGCUAACCCAGGAUCGGGCGGAUCUGGACCGUGUGGCACGACAGGCAGGAACGAGCAUCACCAAGUCAACGGGGGUGAAGUAUACGGUGGGAUCUUCGGCCACAACCCUGUAUCCCGCUGCCGGCGGCUCCGAUGACUGGGCCAAGGGCAUUGCGGGUAUCAAGUAUGCCUACACCAUUGAAAUGGGAGACACUGGACGCUAUGGCUUCGUCCUGCCCGCCAGGUUCAUUCAGUACAACGGCAAGGAUGGCUACACCUUUGCCGAUACGGUGGCCAGGGCCAUUGCCCAAGGACGCGGCAAGGCGGUGGCCAGGAACAGCACUGGCAGCCGGAGGCGUAGCCACUAAAAAUCCCUGACCUGGACUUAGUUCAAUGCGAUUUUUAAGAUUGUGAAUCAAUCGAUUUUUUUUUUUUUAUUUGCUAUUUAUAUUUAAAUAUUAUUUAUUUAUUUAUUUAUUCUACUUGUAACUAGACAAAUUGAACACAAACAUGAAAACACAACAGGUAAACCACACACACAAACACACACAACAAGAGAAAAACUCAUCGAAAUAGACUGAGAAAUGUUUAUUGAAAAAAUACAAAAAAUAUAAGAAAAGAAAAA